AUGGGUACGGUGAAAUCUUACAAGAUCAUAAACUUUGCUCCAACAUUGCUUCAGAUCAUUGUGUCUGAUCAGGUCGAAUUUCCAGUCAGACAAGCUGCGGCUAUCUACAUGAAGAACAUGGUGACUCAGUACUGGCCUGAUCGUGAAGCACCUCCUGGGGAAGCCAUGCUGCCUUUCAACAUACAUGAAAAUGAUCGUCAGCAAAUCCGGGACAACAUUGUGGAGGGGAUUAUUCAGUCUCCUGACUUAAUCAGGUCUCAGUUGGCUGUGUGUCUUCGUGCUAUCAUUAAGUACGACUUCCCAGGGCGUUGGACAGCAGUGGUGGACAAAAUUGGCUUUUUCCUACAGUCUCCAAAUAAUGCAAGCUGGCUCGGCAGUCUGAUGUGCUUAUAUCAGCUGGUCAGGACAUAUGAAUUCAAGAAGGCAGAAGAACGAGAUCCUCUGAUAGCAGCAAUGCAGAUAUUUUUGCCUCGAAUUCAACAGCAAGUUAUACAACUUCUGCCAGAUGCAUCCCAUUGGUCAGUGCUGAUUCAGAAGCAGAUCUUGAAAAUCUUCUUUGCACUUGUUCAGUACACACUACCACUGCAACUGGUAAAUAAACAAACCAUGACUCAAUGGAUGGAAAUAUUCCGAACAAUCAUUGACCGAGAUGUUCCUUCUGAAACAUUGCAGGUGGAUGAAGAUGACAGGCCUGAGCUGGUAUGGUGGAAGUGUAAGAAGUGGGCUUUGCACUUGGUUACAAGACUCUUUGAAAGGUAUUGGGCCAUGACUUUCAGCAAAGUCCUCCAGAGUGAUGCUUAUGAAGAGAUAGAGGACAAAACGGUGAUGGCUAUGGGUAUCCUAAACACAAUAGACACCAUCUUGACUGUCGUGGAGGCUCACAAGGAGAUUACACUGCAGCUCGAGGGCAUCUGUUUGCAGGUCAUUGGACUAGUACUUCAGAAACACGUUAUAGAAUUCUAUGAAGAGGUUCUGUCCCUUGCAUAUAGCUUAACGUGUCAAGUCAUAUCACCUAAUAUGUGGCAACUUCUUGGCAUUCUUUAUGAAGUCCUUCAGCAAGACUGCUUUGAAUAUUUCACAGAUAUGAUGCCUCUUUUGCAUAAUUACGUGACCGUAGACACUGAUGCAUUUCUGUCUAAUCCGAAAAACGUAGAGAUUAUUUAUAACUUGUGUAAAAAGGUCCUCACUGGGGAUGCUGGGGAAGACGCAGAAUGCCAUGCUGCAAAACUGCUUGAGGUGAUUAUCCUUCAAUGUCGAGGAAAGGGCAUUGAUCAGUGUAUUCCAUUGUUUGUUGAAGCAGUCCUGGAGCGACUAACACGUGGAGUUAAAACGAGUGAACUCCGGACCAUGUGUCUUCAGGUGGCCAUUGCAGCCCUUUACUACAGCCCCAUGCUGCUUGUGAAUACCUUGGAAAACAUUCGCUUUUCACACAGUGCAGAACCUAUCACAGCACAGUUUAUUAAUCAAUGGAUGAAUGACACAGAUUGCUUCCUUGGGCUUCAUGAUCGGAAGGUCUGCAUCAUUGGUCUGAGCACACUAAUGGAAAUGCAAAACAGACCAGAAGCUGUGGAUGCUGUGGCCGCUCAAAUUCUACCUUCAUUGCUGCUCCUCUUCCUUGGCCUAAAACGAGCAUAUGCAAGCAGAGCUCCCAAUGACCAGAAUGAGAAUGGAGAAGAAGCUAAUGAGGACACUGAAGAAAACGAAGAGAUUCCAAGUGAUGAAGAUGACAUUCGCGAAGCAGGGCAGCAGUACCUGGAGAUGUUGGAGCAGCACCAGGUGCAGGAUGAUGACGAGGAUGAUGAUGAUGAUUGGGAUGAAGAUGGUUUAGAAGAAACCGCUCUGGAAGGAUUCUCCACACCUCUAGACGAAGACAAUAGUGUUGAUGAAUAUCAGAUAUUUACGUCAGCACUCCUAAGUAUGUGUUUUCAGAUUGUAUACUCAUAAUUGAAAUUUAAUCAUUUAACUAAAUGGUUCAAUGAGCAUCUGAUGAAUUCUUAAAAAAAAAAGUCUUGUUUCCAUGUGUCACAAUUUAUAUCAGUCAAAUGCCAUACUGCAGAAGAGUAUGUUGAAAUAAAACAUGAGCAUUGCAUGAA